AUGUUCUCCACAAAUAAAAAACGUCGACAAAAUUCCCAAAAGACCUUCGCUAUCAAACGAAGGAAAUCGACCGGUUCGACUUACGAGCCAACUGACUCGAAUAAGGGGAAAUCAAAGAUUGUUACGGUAAAGGAUGAUCUAAAGCAAAACUGGAACAGUACUAAUGCUUCAAGUAGCCAUACAACGGAUGAGACAAAUACAGGAAAAUUAACAAAGGUUGGAAAAUAUAUAGCAAUAGACUGCGAAAUGGUUGGAGUUGGAUUCGAAGGUCAAAGAUCAGCUCUUGCUAGAGUGAGCAUUGUCAACUAUAAUGGAGUUGUUAUUUAUGAUAAAUAUGUGCGGCCGAUAGAACGAAUUACAGAUUUCAGAACAGAAAUUAGUGGUAUAACUCCAAAGCUACUCGUUGAUGCACACGAAUUCAAGCAAGUGCAACAAGAAGUGGCGGAAUUGAUAAAAAGCAAAAUCGUUGUAGGUCAUGCUUUACAUCACGAUUUCAAAGCUCUCCUAUUAGAUCACCCUCGUAUGAUGACAAGAGAUACAUCAAUUUACCGAAUUUUUCGAACAAAGUACGCGCGAGGUAAACCGCCCUCACUAAAGAAACUUGCUCAAGAAGAGUUGGGAUUAACUAUACAAGAAAACAAACAUUCGUCGGUUGAGGAUGCAAAGAUUUGUAUGCUACUAUUUCGAAAACAUAAGCACGAGUGGGAACAAUCAAUAUUUACAAAGACACACAGAGUAGCCAAAAAAUCCAAAUCAAAUCAAGCAAGGGAGCAGCAUACAGUUUAA